UGUCUCCACCUUCCCCUUCCCUCAUGCUUUGUGAGAGAGAUUGGAAAUGAGCGGCAGUGGGCACCUCUUCCUCUCACCUUUGGUUCCCUUCAUCUCCAACUGUUCUCCAAGAACAAGAAGAAAACAGAGCUAUGGAGACUCACUGUUAGCUAGGUCUCACAUUCACUCCAACUUGGAAGACGACGUCGACAAGCAGGGUAACACAGAGUCUUUAUCAAACUCAUCAAAGGUGAAGGAUUCUCAAUCAUUGCCUUCACGGCGUAAAUGCCUUCAGUGUAUAUCAGCAAGUCUUGCAUUGAUACACAUCUCAGGUUAUUCUAGCACGCCUAGUGGAAAUGCUGUGCAAAGUUCGGGUGGUUCAUUUGAGAAAGAAAAAGCAGUAUGUCGGAAUUGCGGGGGCAGUGGUGCUGUAGUAUGCGACAUGUGUGGCGGCACAGGAAAAUGGAAAGCUCUCAAUAGAAAGCGAGCAAAAGAUGUAUAUGAGUUCACCGAGUGUCCGAAUUGCUAUGGUCGCGGGAAACUGGUAUGCCCAGUAUGUCUCGGAACUGGUUUGCCGAAUAACAAAGGACUUCUGCGGAGACCCGAGGCUCGGAAAUUACUAGACAAGAUGUACAAUGGCAGGCUUCUCCCUAAUUCCUAGCUUAUCUGGUGAUCAGUUCAUACAUGAAAAUCCAAAAGAAUUCUAUAUUGUGAGUUCUCAUGUUCAAGCAUGAUCACUAUGCUUCCAAAGGUUUGAAGUCUCACAAGGAUCACAACCAGAUAUGAAUUUGUAAGUUUUACAAUGCAGACACAAUUUGUGGGUGAGUUUGAGUUUGAGUUUUGAGUCUUCUUUGAACCAAUGUAUGUGUCAUCCUUGGUGGACUUGUAUGUGGCUGCCUCAUGGAACAUGUUGUUGAAUAUUAAUUUUUGAUUUAAUAAAACUUCAAAUUAAGUGUUUUAACUUUA